AUGCCUAUACUCAAGAAUACAUCUGCGGAAGUCUUUCCGGGUGAUGGACGUGGCGAUUUCAACGCAAUGAUGCAAGAAGGCGUAAAAGCAUUGACAAACAUGUUAACAACCCAUUUGCAAGAAGAAUCUGGCCCUGACGAGAAUUUUCAAGUGGAAAGAGGUCUGAAACAAGGUUUAAGAGAUGGGAAUGGUCCUCAGGAGCUUUUUGAAGCCCUCGAAAGCGAGAACUUUGAGGAAAUCGAUGGUGAUGAGCAAGUGAGAUCGAGUCAAAAUAGUUGCAAGUCCCAUCAACUACCAAAGACGAGCCAGGUUCAGGAGGAAAGUGAGAAUAAUGAACCGAACAUGGAGCAAGACUCAGAAAAGGUAUUAGACGUGGUAAACGCUGGCUCUAGCGCAGGUCACAGACAUGAACAAGAUAUGCACAUGCACAAGAUGGCACAGCCAGUGGAAGACGGAAAAGACCAGAUAAUCUUUGAUACAGGCGAACACGAGCUGCUUUCUUUUCCGGAAGAGCUCAGCGAUAACCUGAAAAAGAUGGUCGCCUCGAGUCUUGCGCAGCAUGCCCCGCAUGGAAAACAGCCGAACAUCGAUUUUGAUUUCGACGUUGACGUGGACGUGGACAUGGACAUGGCUGGGUGUCGCGCUGACGAACCAGCUCUAUCCCAGUCAUCGUCUGCAUCUCGCUCGCAUUCGCAUUCGCAUCCACAUUCGCAUCCACAUUCGCAUUCGCAUUCGCAUUCGCAUUCGCGCUGCUGUCACGGGAACCGGGAGUCUUUUCAGUAUCCUCGCGGCGCUAGGAGUGCACCAGACUUUUCCCAGCUGAUCAACAACGAUAAGCCAAUGUGCAUAUUCUGCGAAUACUACGUCGUUUUCGGGGAACCACCAAAAAACAUGAUACGAUGGUUUGACAGAGUACGAGGCCAAUCCGCUGCAUCUACGCAUUCACCUCAGCACACGCAACGAUGA